AUGGUCGAGACGAUAAUAAGAUCGGUGUUCGACAACCUGCCGGCCGACUGGGAGGCCGUGCCCGAAGAAAUGUAUGUAAACCGUUAUCUGCUGUUUCCCUUGUCGGCGGACAGCACUCAGUACAAGCAGCUCCGGCCGCUGUUUAGCCGUGCCAACUUCCGAGUGAGUUCCAUAAAAAGAGUGCAAAAUCCAUUCCAACACGGCCGGUACUUGUUGCGGAAACGGAUGCUUAACGUGGAAGAGGAAAUCGUCUAUCACGCUGUCCGUAGAAUUGAUCUCCCGACGGCUUUACAAUGCACUUGCGACUUCAGAAGAUACGCCAGACCGUAUUUCGACGACAUACGCCAUUACACCAAGGAUCCUCGCUUUUACCAAACGUUCAAUAGUUUACUACACAGCAUCGGCACAUUCGAAGUUGUACGCCCAGGCGAGUUGUGUGUGUUGGUCAUGAACAAGCUGAAAUCCACUACUGGCAUGUCGCAGUGUGACUACGUCAUCAACUAUGUCGUUGAAUUCAACAAUACUAUGUAA